CUUGGCUUCACCAAACGCCUUCUAAGCAAAGCAUCUUCGAGUGUACUAGAACAUUAAAUCUCGUUUUCAUAAUGGUCGAGAGUGCUGCCAAGAAAGCCGGAGAGGCAGCCGGACGCCCCAAGUACAGUGAAAUGGUUGCCGCCGCCAUCAGAGCCUUGAAGGAGCGGAGUGGUUCCUCGCGUCAGGCGAUCCUCAAGUACGUCCUGACCUUCUACGGGGUCGAGGACCAGAAGAAAGCAGGCGUUCAUGUCCGGCUGGCGCUGAAGAAGGGCGUGGCUGACGGGUCUCUGGUCCAGGUGAAGGGGACGGGGGCCUCUGGCUCCUUCAAGCUGGCCAAGGUGGAAGGCAAGGCGGAGGGAAGGAAACCCGCUGCGAGUAAAGGUGGGACCACAGCGAAGAAACCCGUUGCCAAGAAGACCACUGUCAAGAAAUCGGUCACCAAGAAGACCACUGUCAAGAAACCAGUCGACAAAAAGACUUCAGCGAAGAAAAUAGCCAACAAAAAGACCACAGCCAAAAAAGACGUGACGAAGAAACCCAGAGCGAAGAAGGAAUCACUGAACAAAACCACAAAGGAAAAGCUUUCGACCAAGAAAGCCACAGCCAAGAAACCGCCCACGAAGAAAACCCCGCUCAAGCAGCCAGCCACCAAGAAAACGAUCAAGAAGUCUGCAGCUAAGAAAACGGACAAGAAGCUGGUCAAAAAAUAAAGCUGGUUAGGAACUCCUUUUAUGUAUAGUUGUCAAAUAAACCAUCCAUAGUCGAUUAUAUAAAUUUUAGUUUUUAAUAUCAUGUUAAAACGGAACUAUGAGAUACUAUCCCAUAACACUGUGU